AACAUAAAAUUUAUUAAACUCAUCCCGAGUUGUUCCAGAACAGCUCGGAAAAGAAACUGCUUAUGAGCUAACGACCGGAGAGUUCACUCAGCAGUACCCGAGUGCGCAUGCGCGUCUAUUUUCGAACCACAGCGGUUGCUAUGGGGAUCAGUGCGUUUCACACACACAGUCACUGACUGCAGUAGCCUGACAAGAGACUUCACGUCGGUGAAGGCGGCUCACUGCCCGCUGUAAACACACGUGUCUCGCUGUGCAUAAGCACUUUAGAACUUUAUUCGUCAGCGGGAGCGAGCUACACUACCGCGUGCGCUUUGUCACCACUUUGGCAAACUGACAUUUACCGUCGGAAACUGAGGCCACGCGGGGCAGCUGCCGCUCUGCCUCAAGCUAAUUAGCGAUUAGCAUGCUAAUAAACAGUGAGAAGCAUCCUGCUGACAGAGAGGAGGAGGAGGAGGAGGAGAAGAGAGAGAGAGAGAGAGAGAGAGAGAGAGGCACAUCAGAAGAACACUUGGGCGUCAAAUCCUUUGACAACGUGACGUCUUGUAGGCGGGACAUUCGUGGGGCAGCGCGUGUAAAAGAAGAGAAUGUGACAGUUUGGCACGCUGAGCUCAGUGUGGGAUGCUGUCGGUAUCACUGAAGAUGUUUUCUAACUGCAGGGCGCCAAAUGGCACCUGUACCUCACCAGGUGUGUUUAAUUAACCGGGGCUCGCGCAUCUUACUCCACCACCACGCGCCCAGGAACUUUUCGGUCCACCGCGCGCCGCUGCAUCCUCCUCACGGACAAUGAAGACGAGCAGCAGAUGCAGGACGCUCCUGUCGGUUAGCCUGAACUUCUUCGCCCUCUUUUUCUCCAUAACCGCGUUUAUAACGAAUUACUGGUGCGUGGGGACACAGAGAGUCGCCAAGCCAAAGUGCAGCAAGCUGCGGACGCACCAGUGUAUAGACUACGGGGUGAACGAGACGGACCCGAACAAAGUGGUUUACAGCUGGGAGACCGGGGACGACAGGUUCCUGUUCAGGCAGUUCCACACCGGCAUCUGGUUCUCAUGCGAGGAAAACAUAGACGAUGAAAGUGAGAUAUGCCGAAGCUUCAUCGACUUGGCUCCUGCAUCAGAGAAAGGAAUGCUGUGGCUUUCGUUGGUUUCUGAGAUGUUGUACAUUGUUCUGCUGCUGGUGGGCUUCAGCCUCAUGUGUUUAGAGCUGGUCCACUCCAGCAACGUCAUCGAUGGACUCAAGCUCAAUGCCUUCGCUGCUGUCUUCACCGUGCUCUCAGGUCUUCUUGGCAUGGUGGCUCAUGUAAUGUACACGCAGGUCUUCCAGGUCACCGUCAGCCUCGGUCCACCUGAUUGGAGGCCUUACAACUGGGACUACGGCUGGUCCUUCUGCAUGGCCUGGGCGUCCUUCACCUGCUGCAUGGGCGCAUCAGUCACCACCCUCAACUCCUACACGAAGACGGUCAUUGAGUUCAGGCACAAACGCAAGACAUUUGAGCAAAGCAUCCGCGAGGAGCACGCGCGGGAGGCUUUCGGAUUUUUCCGGGAACGCUCCCUGCACUCCAUCUCCAAAUCUGUGGAGGUUUAUUCCAGCCAGACCCCAAAAAGUGGCAGGAAAACCCCCAUACCUGCUGACUCUCUGGACCUGAGUGACAUUGCAGGAUCUUUGGGGGAAGAACAGUGCUGAAUGGAACAGGACAGCAGGUGGUGGCAUUUCUCUCAGUGUGACAAAAAGAGCUGUUGUUCUGUUGCCAAUAUGGGAUGAAUACCUAACAGGAUUUCAGGCUUCAUCAUUAGCUCCAUCUGAUAGAUCUUAACACUGCCUUAAUUGGGGUUGUCCUGUUGGCAUCGGUAGUCACUGAGCUUCAUUUCACAUAUGAGUUUUCAAUGGACAAUCUCAUGGAUGAAGGUAUUUUCUCUGUUUGUGUAACCCAUCACAAUGUAGAAUCAAAAGAAACUGUUGAGUAUAACCAUAUAAAUAAAUGUGAGGGUCUCUCA